AUGCUAAAAAUUCUUGUUCCAACACUAAUACUAAUCCCCACAACCGGACUAGCCCCGGCAAAAUGACUUUGAUCCUAUAUUUUAACCCACAGCUUUAUUAUUUUUGUAAUUAGCCUUUUAUGAUUAAAACACAUCUCAGAAACCGGCUGAACCCUUCUUAAUCUUUACAUAGCUGCAGACCCUUUAUCCAUCCCCUUAUUAAUUCUCACUUGCUGACUUUUACCAUUAAUAAUUCUAGCUAGCCAAAAUCAUAUAGUUUAUGAACCAAUUAAUCGCCAACGUACAUUUAUUGUACUUUUAAUUACCCUACAAACAUUUCUUAUUUUAGCAUUUAAUGCUAGUGAAAUUAUUAUGUUUUAUGUAAUAUUUGAAGCCACUUUAAUCCCUACACUAAUCAUUAUUACCCGCUGAGGUAACCAAACAGAACGACUAAACGCUGGCACUUAUUUUCUUUUUUACACCCUUGCAGGCUCCUUACCCUUAUUAAUUAGCUUACUUUUAUUACAAAACUACACGGGCACACUAUCCAUCCUCACUAUUCAAUAUUCCCACUCAAUACUACUACUAACUUAUGGUAAUAAACUAUGGUGGGCAGGUUGCCUACUAGCCUUUCUAGUAAAAAUACCGUUAUAUGGUAUCCACCUGUGACUCCCCAAAGCCCAUGUUGAAGCCCCUAUCGCAGGUUCAAUAGUCCUAGCAGCUAUUUUAUUAAAACUAGGGGGUUACGGCAUAAUACGAAUAAUUGUUAUAUUGGACCCACUAACAAAAACUAUAAUUUACCCCUUUAUUAUCUUAGCCUUAUGGGGAAUUAUCAUAACAAGUUCAAUCUGCUUACGUCAAACAGACCUAAAGUCUUUAAUUGCAUAUUCAUCCGUCAGCCAUAUAGGUCUUGUAACAGCUGGUAUUCUUAUUCAAACACCCUGAGGAUUCACAGGAGCAUUAAUUUUAAUAAUUGCCCACGGCCUUACUUCUUCCGCCUUAUUUUGCCUAGCCAACUCCAACUAUGAGCGAACUCAUAGUCGAACAUUACUUCUGGCUCGAGGAUUACAAACAAUUCUUCCUUUAAUAACAACCUGAUGGUUCAUCACCUGCUUGGCAAACUUAGCACUCCCCCCUUUCCCUAAUUUAAUGGGUGAAUUAAUAAUCAUUACUUCUCUUUUUAACUGAACUCAUUGAACAAUUGCACUAACAGGGGCAGGUACUCUCAUUACCGCAAUUUACUCUUUGUACAUAUUUCUAAUAACACAACGCGGCUUCACCCCAGCCCACAUAAUGGCACUCCCUCCCAGCUACUCACGAGAACACUUACUCAUAACACUUCACAUCUUACCGUUACUACUCCUUAUUAUAAAACCCGAACUCAUCUGGGGUUGAACAGCCU